GGCAUCCAGCCAAGAGAUACACUCAACCGUUACAUCUGCAUGAAGGGAUCGCCUUUUCAAAGUAGGGCAGGUAUGGUUGAGAAGGGUUCUCCAUACGUUUAUUAUCUCUUCCCAUUUUAAAGUAAAUCUCCUUGCUGUUGCAGAUUGUCAUAUUCACCAGACUGGAAACCGUUCAUGAGCAAUGACGUCUUGCUCGACUGCAGCGAACUGGCAAUCAAAAAUCCUGAAGAAAGAGUACCAAAACUGGCUGGCUGUAAGCCACGCCCUUUCUCUUAUGUGUGAUGGGCUAAGGCCUUUCAUCGAGAGGGAGAUCAAAGCCUUUCAUCAAGUGUUAAUGGCAAACCUUACCUCUACACCCCCUUGCACCUGUAGAAACCCCCUAAAACACUCUUGUGCUUGGGCUACACAGCUUUUAAUGUACCAUAGUGGCGCCAAAGCGACUCUUACAAGUGGACAGAUCCAAACCUUGGUUACUGGGAGGUAGCCAAACUUUUCAUGUCCGAUUUGGGGAACAGCGCUGUUGAUGUGAUAGAUGCGAGUAGUACCGAUUGCACGGGAUUGACCAGUCUACUCUUCUGGUGUUCUCACUUUCCCGUACAACACCAUCUAGUUGAAGAGGUGCGAAAGACGCGAAAUACUAGAUGGGGACACGCUCCGAGACAGGAACUAACAGAUGGAGAAAAGGCAGAUGCCCUUACAGCAAUAAGAAAUCUCCUUCAAGAUCCGAACUUAAUUUCUGACAAUGGCGCCAAAGCGGCUCUCGCAGAGAUUGACGCAAUGGAGAAGGAUUUCGAUGCACGAAGUAUUGAAAGGAAAGUUCUGGCAGAUUUCCAAGAGACAGUGUGUGGUCAACUGGAUGACAUUGAAGGGGAAAUUAAGGCCUUCAGGAAAGACUGCAAAGGUGUAAGCAACAAGGUAGAGAAGAAACUGUUGAGCUUACAAACCCGACAGACGAAGGUCUUCAAACUUCUGAAAAGUAUUGAUGACAGAAUGGAGGACGCGGCAAAUCGAAACCUUUCAUAUGUAACACAAGUUUCAAACCUUGUCAGAUGGAUAUUUACAAGGGGAAAGCAGUUUGUCUUUGACAAUGUUCGCAGCAUGAAUAUAAAGUCCCUCACUCUGUGGUUGCUGUUAAUGGUACUCCUGAGUUGCUUUAGAUGUUUAAGUAAGAACUCUUACAACGAUGGGUGCCCGAUGGAAGAUGGUUUUGUUCCUUUUGACAGUAAGGAAUUCAAUUUCACAAGCUACUUGAGUAAUGCCCGAGAAAGAUUCACUGGACGGCUCUGGCUCUACAAUGAACUGGAAACGAAUUUGAUGAAACAGGAUACCGAUCGUGGGGUUCUAGUAAUUGGUGAGCCAGGCGCAGGGAAAUCUGCACUGACUGCCCAAUUGAUCUGUUCUCGCUCAUCUAAUCCUUUUAUUCACAAAAGAAUCAUUGGUUACCAUUUAUGUAAGCACGCAGACAAAGCAACUCAAGACCCUGGUCGAUUUGUUCGCAAUUUGGUCGACUUGAUGGCCAGAAGAGUUCCAGAAUAUGGAAUGUUGGUCUCUAACAGCUCAUUCAUCCUUUCAGUUCUAGAGAGAAGUUGUUUAAGAGAUCCGUUUGAAUGCUUUGAACAGGCUGUGAUGGCGCCACUUUUGCAGUUAAAAGGUGAACCUCAAAUCUAUUUCAUUGUCAUAGAUGCCUUAGACGAAUGCUCGUCAGAGAGUGGAGGGACUUCAGUGGUUCAGUUUAUCAUAGAAACGUCCAGUAAGCUGCCAAAAUGGAUCAGGCUUGUGAUGACUUCUCGCAAUGACUCAAAUGUAUUAAAACACUUCAGUCAUUUCCCCAAAGUGUAUUUGUCAUCCACAGAUGCACGAAACUUACAAGACAUCGAGGUAUUUAUCACCGCUAAACUAUUCGAAGAUGCGCCGAUUCUCGAAAGAUUGAAAGUUAUGUUAGGUUUUAGUAGCGGUGAAGAAAUUUCUUUCCUGACGAGCAGGUUAUUGAGCCAGAGCCAAGGAAAUUUUCUUUACGUAAAAGAAAUGUUCCAUUUUUGGAAAGACGAUAGGAAUAAUGAGGUAGACUUCGGACAUAUCCCAAAAACAAUUGGUGGGAUUUACGAGAGAUACUUGAAAAGGAUCUAUGGUUCCAGAGAGAAAUUCAAGCCCGCUCUAGCUAUUCUAGAGAUCAUGGUGGCUGCAUUUGAGCCGAUGCCGGUUGAUAAUUUGUAUCGAGUUUUAAGAACGCGGGAAAACAUCGACUAUGAAUAUGAAUUUGUUUACGCGCUUAAGGAUCUUUCACAUUUUAUCAGAUAUGGAGAAGACAACACCAUCACUAUAUUCCACCUUUCCUUUACGGAGUGGCUCACUAGCAAUGGAAACCUUGGAAACCCAUUCUAUGUAAGUCUGAAACGUGGUCACAGACGCUUAGCGGAAUACUAUUUAAGUGUUGUAAAAAAGACCCAGAACUCUGCUAUGGACAUCUACCGUUUAGCUCAACACGUUACUUUUGGAGAGGGUGAUGACAAUUUUCUGGAAGAGUUUGGCAAUAUCAAAGCUUCUUACAUAAAUACCUCUAUUGACGUCGAGAACAGGACCCUUCUUCAUCUUGCUGCAGCAAAUAGCAAUAAAAAAAUUCUUGAGCUACUUGUUCCAGCGUUUGAUAGCGUUGAUUGUGAGGACAACUAUGGCUUUACUCCUGGCUUUGUUGCAGCAAAGAGCGGUCUCAAAGAAAACGUUGAAUUUCUCGUCAGUAAGGGAGCUAAAAUUGAACACCGAACAAAGCCGCCACCUUCUUUCUACUCUCUACUGAAUAGCUCAGUAGUUUCAAUUGAUCCUAUUGAACGAGCCAAAACCACCCUUUGGAACUCCACUAUGAUGCACGCCGCUGCAUCAGGAGGUCAUGUUGCCGUAAUACGAGCUCUUCUGAAAAGGAACGCUUCGUUUCGAGAAGUAAAUGGUGUUAACUUGACAGCCAUCCAGCUUGCAGCACAAAAUGGACAUUUAGAUGUUGUUAAGCUUUUGUACUAUAGUGGGGCAAAUGUAGACCACCUUUGUCUUCAACAUGCAGCUCACGCUGGCCAUACAGAGGUUGUUAAAUUCCUCAUGAAGAUUGGUAUACUGGACACCUGCAUGCGAUGUGAUGGUAUAUUUUACUGGCUUGGAAACAAAGUCCGAUAUCAGGCAGGGCCUAGUUAUAACUUCAAAGACGCAGAUGCGUACAUUUUGGCAGACGAUAAUUACAGAAUCAAAUGCCAAAGUGCACUUCAUUUAGCAGUCACUGAAAAACAUACAGAGGUUGUUAAACUGCUACUUUCUGGGGAAGAUAAGACAAUCCAUUGUAAGGACUUCACAGGCCGAACUCCUCUUCAUGAAGCGAUAAGACAAAAUCAUGUGGAAAUAUCAGAGCUUCUUAUACGAAGUGGUGCUAGAGUUUCUCAAAAAUGCAUGCGCUUUCAAAAUUUAUCUUCUGUUUGCAACAGCUCGGAGAAGAAGUGUAUUCAGCAAAGAACAUUUUUGAGUAAAAGAGAGCUAGAAGAAUACCAAAAGGAUCUGUGCCAUUGUGGCACCACACCCUUUCUACUUGCAGCAAGAUACGGUCAUAUUGAGGUCGCUUCCCUGCUUUUGCGGUAUGGUGCAAAGUGUGACGAUAAGGAUUGCCAAGGGGCCACGGUUCUUCACAUUGCUGCAUGUCAUGGACAUUACGAUUUAAUUAGGUGGCUCAUCUCUCAACGUACUUCUCUUCAUCUUAACAUGAAAAGUAAAAACCUGUCUACACCACUUCAUAGUAGCGCCAUUUGUAAAAUCAACAGAAACAUUAAACCUCUGUUAGACAUGGGUGCAAAUAUCUAUGAAACUGAUGAGAACGGAAUGACGCCUCUGCAUUACACUGUCAUGAAUGCAUAUGAAACCGAUUCAAUUGUAUUAUUUCGUAGAGAGAUUGUGGACGGUUCGUUGUUUACCACAGUUCUGGGGUCAAAGGGUGAUGUUACAGUGACACAUGAUUCUGAUGUCAUUUACAGGACUUUGCCGUUAAACUUUCAGUGUUCAAAGCUUAUAGACAUUAUAGAAUCAUCAAAUAAUUCGUACAUAAAUGCGAUGGAUAUAAAUGGAAGAACAGCCUUGCAUCUCGCAGCAAAAAAUGGAGAGGAGUGUUGUGUCAUAAAGCUACUGGAAGGACGCGCAAGAGCAGAUUUGAAGGACCUUCAAGGGAAAACUCCUCUUGACUUUGCCUCAGAGUUUUCUACCAAAGCGCAUGAGUGCAGGUGUUGCAACAACAUGGUUGAUUUAGACAUGAUUCUGGCCGUAAACCAAAGAUAUCAUAAUUCAAUAGUUGACAUUCUCCUCUCAAGAGAGGUUGACUUCACCCAGACUUGUGACAAGGAAAAAACACAUUUAUUGCACCGCGCCCUUGAGAUGCAAAACCCAGUAAUUGUUUACCUUAUACUUUCGAAGGGCCUUAGUCUAAGCUGUAAAGAUGCACUAGGUCGAACACCACUGGUAACUUACCUUCAAAAUGGUGGAAAGUGGCUAGACGUAAUCUUAGAACGAUUUAAUGUACCCAUUCACAUCGAAUGUGGGAAGCCAUUCAACAUGUCCGAAUUCCACUUGCUGGCAUUUAGAAAGCCAACAGUCCCGUCAGACAACCUUCUGGAGUACCAUACCUGUGAUAACUUUUAUUGUUUUACAGAAAAUGGGCCCGUUAUGAAAGCGAUAAAGGUCCAUCCCUUGGGAUUCCGUGUCAUAGACGAGUGUCGUGAUGCAGAGGGAUACACGGCGUUACAUAGAGCUGCUCAAGGUGGCAAUCUGCUUGUACUAAAGACAUUUCUCUCUUUAGGUGCUGAUCCUACCGUUUUGACUUCUCAGGGUCAUAGUGCUUUGGAACUUUCCAUUAUGUGUGCUGGGAUAACCCCGUUCUCAUUUCAACAAAAUAGAAAAAUUGCCGAGAAAUCGGCUGAUCUUUUGUUUCAAGCUUUGAAACGUUUGGCACACUUUGAUGUUGGAUGCAACAGAACCCAUGCAAAGCUUACGAUCUAUCACUUGUCCGCUUAUAGAGGUCUAACUGGCUUUGUGAGAAUGCUUUUAAGUGAUACUGGUCUCAAGGGAAUUGACCCAAACUGCUCUAAUCUACAUGGUAUAACACCUCUGUACCUGGCCAAACUCAAUAUUGGGACAGUGAACACUUCCGAAGGUGAAAGAGAUUACUGGCAGGAAAUUACUGAUUUGAUUGAGAGCAAUGGGGGUGUUCUCUCCUAUCCUAAUCGUGAGGUUGAGCUUCACGCAAUAUAUCAACAUCUCUACGGUAGUCACCUUGAACCGUUUACACUUGGUGUAUUUGAAGCCGACGGUAAACAAUUCUACAAAAACGAGCUAAGUACAUGCACGGAACAUGAUUUAAGAUAUUACAGUGCUGGUACAAAGAUAAAUCCUUACGCUGAAGAGAUCGAUGUAACCCUGAGGCAAAUAAUGAAGUCUCUCCGUAAUGGAAUACUUCUUCCUGAGCAAAGAACGAUAACACAAGCCUUAAAAAUUCUCCUUGAGAGACAGCAAGCCUUACAAGAUCUGUCUGUCCUGUUUCAUGACCUUGCAAGUGGGUUUGAAGAAAUUAAUCUAAACGAGGACAGCAUUGGGGUGAAGGCUAUCACGGACAAAACAAGCUCUCUAGCCGUUCAGUACCCAAGCUUUGUUCCAACUAACACAAUGCAGUCUUUGUUCAUCCUAAAAGACAAGACACGUCGCAGCGAAGAGCGUCUUCGUAAGCUUCAUUUCGAACACAAGUCUGUAAAAGCGAUCAAUCGCCACGAACUAAUGUAUCUUAACAAGUUUUGGUAUGAAUACAAGAAUCUCUUGGGAUAUAGUAAGGAGUUCUUCAAUCUUCUCGAAAAGUACGAAAGAAGUGAAGUAUGCGAGGACGAACUUUUUCAAGCCACACUAUUGAAAUUAGCGUUUCAAACUUAUGUUUCAAAAUCUAGAGUAAAUAAUCCGAUAAGUUUGACGCGAGAUAGACUUGAAAACGCAGAGUUUUUUUCCAGCCGGAUCCCAAAGGAGUGGAUAGUUACGCAAAAGGGAGGCUGGAAUCGAGCUGUUAAGUUUCUUUAUCAGCGGGCAACCAAGAGAGAUUUAGCUUUCGACUAUCUUAAAGAUUUAAGUUUGGGAUCUGAUACGGACACGCGGAUUCCACUGAGUGCAGAUUCCCUAUUUUGGCUCCAUUUUUAG